AUGUCACAACUUCCCUAAUAAGGAUAGGAAUCGAAGCCUCAUUCUAAUUUACCUUAACAAAAUAUUCCAUAAGGCCAAAACCAGAACCAGUUCAUACCUCAAUAAGGAAUUCCAAAUCAAAUUUUCCCUUAAGCUCAACCAUAAUAUGUGGUUCCUGCUUAAAAUUUGGGAAGAGCUCCAAUAAGCGGAUUUCCAGCGCAACAGCUUCCAUAUUCAUAGCAAUAAGGAUUAUAACCAUUGCCUCAAUCAUAGAUCUAAGGAUAAACCGGUGCUCCCUAUCAGACUGGUCCAGUGUAAUUAAGUUCACAUGUAUUGACCGAAUAAGCCAUAAAAGGGGAAUCGCGAAUUGAAUAUGUGCCAUAUGAGAGAGUAAUCACCGAAUACGAGGAAGUGAGAAGGUAGGUGUAGGUGCCAAUAACACGAUAAAUAACUGAUUAUUAUGCGGUCUAAUAUGAAAUUGAAUAUAUUCCAUAAGUAAUUUAAGAAAAAUAAAUUGAAUAUGUACCAGUAGAAAGGAUCUAAGAGAGAACAGAAUAUUACACAGUAUAAAAAUAAAAUAUUUUGCCUGCUCAGACAAAUCUAGCAUAAUCCCAAACUAUUCAAACUCAGAGAGUGCAACAACAGAUAGUGACUUAAUAAGCUCAACAAUAUGUGACAGUCGCCUAGCAGCCCCAAGUUACAACCUAUUAAGCUCCUCCAAUUCAAACAACACAAGUUCUACAACCACCCCCCGUCUAACAACCAAUAACAAGCACCUUCAUUUAACCUCCGAUAACUACAACUCUAUAACGACCAAAUGUAGUUUAAAACACCAUAAUUCCAUAAACUCAGUUGGCUUCCACAUAUGUUCAACAAUAACCUACUAUUAUCCCAGGUUAAGUGUAGUCCAUUCCACAAACCAUUCAAACCACAAGUGUAGUCCCAUAAACUAUUUAAACAGGCAGUGUUAUUCCAUAGACAAGAACAUUGAGCAAACCACCAACAACAAUUAUUCAACCCUAAGCAACAAUUCCUCAAGCAUCAAUUCCUUUGGCAACUACCACAGCUUUACCUGUUUAAUUAGCUUAAACUGCUGUGCCAUCAUCUGUUUAUAAAGACUUCUAAAGAUUGCCAGCCUAGGGUAAUUCACUUUACAGAAAAACUUUACCACCCAUCUAACCUGGAUAAUUAGCACAAACAGCCCCACCUAUACAAGUUCCAACAUAACCUUAGUAACCAUAAAAGCAAGCCAAACAAGAUAAGGAUAAGACAUUCUUAGAAAGGCUUUUCGAGUGA